AUGCACCCGGAAGGUGAUUUGCAUUACGCUACUAGCAUAUCGUCCUUUUCUCAAAACGCCCCCUCGUCCUUUUCCUCCUUCGCCUCCUCUACCACCUACGAUCUCUACACCACCUCACCCGAGACUUACUCUUCUUGCCCGCCCCGCCACCUGCUCCACGACAAUAUCCACAGCCCCAUCUUUGAGGAGCAGCCUGGUUUCUGCUGCAGCGACGAGCUCGACGAGGACCCUGCCGAGCCCGUCACCCCGACCAGUGGCCGCCAUUCGGACGAUUUGCCACCCGACGAAUUGUCAAACCACCUGACGAAUACCUCUUCCCUCGACGAACCCUACAACCCGCAGUUCGACUAUCCGCGUCCUGGUUCGCACUUCACCACUUCCUACCAGGCCCCCGUCGCCGACAACGCGAACGGCACCCCCAAGCCCAAUCCGGCCGUCAUUGUCGUACCUGCAUCGCCUGCGACACCUCUCGCCACACAUCGCCGAGACAGUGUCUCGGCCGACGACAACGGUGCUGCAGACCAGAGUCCCAGCCAUAAGGAGGAGAAGGAGCGCGCGCAGCCGAAGCAGCAGAAGCGCCAGAACGAGCAGCGACAGCCCGCUUCGCCCACCUCCGAGGGACCGCAAAAGGGCCCCACGACUGCUGCUGCCACCCCAUCUUCUUCUCUCCCUACUCCCACUCCCUCUAUCACCUCCCGCCGUCCUUCCAUUCCUAAUAUCAAACGCACAAUGACCAACCUAUUCCGCCGGUCCAACUCCAAUGGGGCUGCCGCCUCGCCACCGGUCAUGACCCCCAUGACUCCCCUGACCACGUCGUCGCCCGCUGUCGCCAGCCCGGAUGGCAACUCACAGACGUCGCCUCGCCCGAUACCCCAGCCGCGACAGGACGACGACGUCAACAUGAGGUCGCCCAGCAACUCCUACUCUCACUCCCGCUCCCUAUCCUACAGCCGACCUCCCUCGGUCAAGCACACCCGCCGCUUCUCCGUGAACCGCUCCAGCAACACGACGAGCUGCAGCACCCCGCCCUCACCACCCUUGCCCUGCCAGGAGACCGACGGCGCUGCCGCUGACGGUGGUCCCAUGUCGACAUCGGUCCCCCAGAACGGUUCCGCCGCCUCGAGCUCCAACGUCGACUUUGACGAUAGGAAAAAGAACCGCUCGUCUACCGGCCUCACCCUGCGCGGACGCACCAUCAACUUCCUGAACCCCAAUGGCAAGGCGGGCCAGCCCCGUCCACCCCGCCGCGCCAACAGCUUCGACAUCCAGGACGGCAACAACGUGCACCGACCCAUAUCCCAGUCCCACCACCACCACCACCACCACCAUCAGAAUGAGCACGACACGAUACCACCCGAGCGCCAGCCUUGGGCCAUGCCUCCUGAUUCCGGCACGGGGGCCAAGGCCCGCCGCAUGAGUCUGAGCCUGCCCGACGACUUCACCGUCGACGUGACAGAGCUGUCCAACGAGUUCGAGUACUGCCACAAGCUCCUCGGCCGCCACGGAAAGCACCUGGGCAAGGGCGUCGCCUCCAAGGUGGCGCUGAUCCACCGCAAGGGCUUCCCCGAGGAGCUGUACGCCGUCAAGGAGUUCCGCGGCAAGUCUCACCGCGAGAGCAAGGAGGAGUACGAGAAGAAGAUCAAGUCCGAGUACAGCAUCGCCAAGAGCCUCCACCACCCCGGAAUCGUCGAGACGAUACGCCUGUGCACCGACCACUCGCGCUGGGACCACGUCAUGGAGUACUGCUCCGAGGGCGACCUGUUCAGCCUCGUCUCCAAGAAUUACCUCCGCGACGAGAGCCGGAAGUCGGAUCGCCUCUGCCUGUUCAAGCAGCUCGCGCAGGGCGUGGCGUAUCUGCACCAGAACGGCAUCGCCCACCGCGACAUCAAGCUGGAGAACCUGCUCAUGACCAAGGACAGCAAGCUGAAGAUCACCGACUUUGGCGUGUCCGAGGUCUUCUGCGGCACGCACCCAGGUGUCCGCGAGUCGGGAGGCCAGUGCGGCGUCAACAUGGGCGAGGUGCGCCUGUGCGCGCCGGGAAUCUGCGGCAGCGAGCCCUACAUCGCUCCCGAGGUCCUGUCCAAGAAGGGCGAGUACGACCCGCGGCCGCUGGACGUGUGGAGCACGGCCAUUGUCAUGAUCUACCUCACCUUUGGCGGCGCCAUCUGGAACCGCGCGGCCGAGGGCAACCCGCAGUACGACAACCUGGUGCGCGGGUGGAACAAGUGGUACGCCGCGCACCCGGACCCGGAGACGGCCAAGAUCACCGAGACGGACUACCCCAACCAAAAGGCGUUUGACACGGUGAUUGCGCCGCCGGCCCUGCGUCGGCUGAUGCUACAGAUGCUCAACCCGGAUCCCAAGCGCCGCAUCAGCAUGGAGGACGUGGUCAAGAACCGCUGGUUCAAGAAUAUCGAGUGCUGCCAGCCCGAGUCGUACGACGACCCGGCCCUCGUCAUCGACGCCACCAAGCCGGAUAACACGCGCAACGGACCCAAGAAGAUUUUCUGCCACAAUCACCUGCCCACCAAGGCUCAGGGUCAUUCUCUGGGAAAGAUGCCAGGGCAGCCUGGGUAUUGA